CCGCGACAGCGACAGCCCGAGACAGCCCCGAGACAGCCCCGAGACAGCGACAGCCCCGGCUGGCACGGCACGGGCCGGGGCCCGACCGCCACCAUGCAGAUGACCUUCUAUUUCUCGGACACAGCAGUGCUGCUCUUUGACUUCUGGAAUGUCCACAGCCCCACAGGGAUGGUGCUGUCUGUGCUGGUGAUCCUGCUGCUGUCCGUGCUCUACGAGGCCCUGAAGAUGGGCAAGGCCGUGCUGCUGCGGCGGGCGCUGCUGGCACUGCCCCGCAGCCUCAGCCAGGAGGCCCUGACAGAGCCACAGGAGGGGGACACCGACCCUGCGCAGAGCAGGUGGUUCCGGUACCACGUUGGGCAGACGCUGUUCCACGUGGUGCAGGUGGUGCUGGGCUACAUGGUGAUGCUGGCUGUGAUGUCCUACAACGCCUGGAUCUUCCUGGGGGCCAUCGCGGGCUCCACGCUGGGCUAUUUUGUGGUGUACCCCCUGCUCGGCCGGGGUUAGACCCCCCUGGGGCGGUGGGACACGUGCCCCCACCUCCUGCUGCUCUGUCUGGAAUAGCUGCUGUCAAUUCUGCUGGCUCUGUCCCUGUCCCCUGUGCUGGGUGGGACGCAGAGCUCCAGGGACUUGCUGUGGGGCUCUCGGGGCUGGCCCCGUUGGGGGGGGGCAGUGCUGGGGAUGGGGAGCCCCACGGCCAGCACUGCCACGCUGGUGGCUGUCCCCUGGCUCUCAGGGACCUCUGGCCGGGUGCUGACAGCGAGGGGGUGCUGGGCAUUUCCUUCCCCUCCCCGUUUUUCGAGGAGGUUCAUCCUGGCUGGAACGGGAAUGGUCCGGUGACUUGCUGGGGACGGGGACACGCUGGGGACAGGGCCCCCUGCCCUCCUGCCCCAGAGCUGCCCUGCACCAAGCCCCUCUUCACACAGUGCCUUCUGGGGAUGCUGGGGGGUCCUGCUGCCCCUCACCCACCCCCCUCCUGCCAGUGCUUCAGGGAUGGGGUCGGAGCAGGCCCCGAGCCAGGGGGACAGUGCUGCUCCAGGCGCCUCUUGCUGCUUCCUCAGGACACCCCUUUUAAUAAAACCAUCUCAGUCACUCUG